UUUGGAUAAGUUUAACGAAAUAUAUGGUAACAUCACAUUUUUCGCGACGAUGGCGGGUAUCAUUAAUGGCUCCGUGACUUCCGGACGGGUCGUGUUGAACGUUGAGUGGACCUUUGCAAAUAAAUUUAUCAGUCUUGGUGCCCUAAUUCUGUUAGUUUUUGUGUUGAUUGCUGGUUCGAAAGUAAAUAAUUUGGCCAAGGAAUACGGUACCAUAUUAAAACAGCAGUACACUAAUCAACGAGGUUUAAUUUGGGACAAAAAGGAGGCGAAUUCCGAAAUUUCAUACGGACUGGCGAUCGUUUUUCAUGAAAUUCAGACAAAUUCUGUGGGAAUGCAGGGAGCUGGAUUUUUCACGAUUUCAUACUCUUUCAUCGGAACGGCUGUGAGUGCCCUGGCUACGUAUACAGUUUUAAUGCUACAGUGGGGUUCAGUUGAUGGUAAAAACUGGUGAAAGUUUUACUCAAGAUAUUCUAACUAUCAACUAUGUAAUUCAUUUCACGUAAAUAUAUUACACAAGCAAUUACAUAAAAUGUUCCCAAAUCUAAUAAACUUCAAACAAUAUAUCCG